AUCCAGCCCCAUUGUCACACAUACUUUCUUCCUAACCCUAAAAACCUUGUCCUACCCACCUCUUCGGCGGCGGCGGCGGCUGGGGUCUGGCCGCGCCUGUCGCAUAUUUGGCCGGCAUACCCCCACCGCCGAGUUCCUUCAGAAAAAGCGUCCACGACUAGCGAUAGACCUGUUCGCGGUCGAAACAAUGUUAUCGCGGGCGUUUACUCAGGUGCUGAGCAAGGGGUCCAAAUGCCCUCUAGAUCUAUUUGUCCAUGCAUCUGCCGCGGUUCGCUUCGGUUCCAACAUGCCACGGCAUCAUCACCACCUUCUUCGUCAAGGAGAACCACCUGACGUUUCCCCCCAAAGAAAACACCCACUGCAAAACAGCAGGGGAGCUACUCCUACCUGUACCUUCGAAUCAAACUGGACCUUGCAGCAUAGCUUUUCCACUAUGAAGAAUUCAGAUGACACUCCUCUUGACUCUAUAAGAGCCACUGCUGGUGGGAGCUCAAUCCAAAGGUUUGCAUCACUGAAGAGUGUUGGGGAGUGUGACAACGAGUCUGAGCUCAUGCUCCUCUUGAGGAAGAAAACUGUUCCCAUUUGCUAUGUCUGGUGUGACCCCUCCCCCUGGAUACAUAUAACCCAGGGGUUCUCGAUGUCAAUCAAUGUUAAUAAGAUGAUUAGAGCUGGCUUCAAAGUUAAAUUAUUGAUGGCAGAUUGGUUUGCUCGGAUGGAGCCUAUGAUUGGUGGCAAUCUAUGUAAAAUGCAGACUAUUGCCAUGUAUAACAUUGAGAUGUGGAAAGCAACUGGCAUGGAUGUUGAUGGAGUAGAGUUUGUGAUGCUUUCUGAUGAAAUAAGUUACCGCGCAGACGAAUACUGGCCUCUUGCCAUGAAAGUUGGGUCAGUGAGUGAACUGGAAGACAUAAAAAAAUGUUUAUUUAGUUUUAGUAAGUUACCAAAGGAUACAAGGGGUCGUGGGAGUGUAGAUUCGACGACUAGAGAAUUUACUCCUGCUGAGACACUGCAAGCGUGCUUGCAGUGUGCUAGUAUAUUACUUCAGGAGGUGGACAUCUGGCUGUUAGACGAGGAUAAGCGUGGGGUCGACAUGCUAGUUGGAGAAUACCGCAAGCACACGGGAAUGAAAAAGAAACCAGUUACGAUGUUCCAAGGUAUGGUACCAAGUUUGUUACAAAACACAGAAUGGUACAAUAUGGGGGAUCCAGGAUGGGCUAUCUUCAUGGAAGAUGAUGAGGAAGUUGUCAGUAGGAAAAUAGAGAAAGCUUUCUGCCCUCCAAAGUUAGUAGCUGGCAAUCCUUGUUUGGAGUACGUAAAGUAUACAAUCUUACCUUGCUUAGGGAAGUUCGAGGUUGGCCUGAAGGAAGCGGACAGUGGUAACAAGACAUUCUUGAGCAUGGAAGACCUUACUGAUGAUUAUUCAAGUGGCGCUGUGUGUCCCGCUGACAUGAAACAUGCCCUUGUGAAGGCAAUAAACACAAUAUUACAGCCUGUGCGUGACCACUUCAGAAGUAGCAGUGCCAGAAAACUAAGGAAAGCUAUGGAGGAUAACUACAUUAUUGACAGAGCAAAGCGGCCAUACUUAAAGCCCUAAAAAACCCAAGAAUCAAGGUGUUAUUAGUGGCCAAGUAUUAGGCACUUGGUAGGCCUUUGCCGACCAUCUAUGACUAUGUAAUAAGUACAUGUAGGUUGAAUGGGAGGUAUCCUUUUGAAAUUCUGUAUUUGUGUGAAGAGUCUGGUUUACUAACAUUAGUAGGUUGCAUGGUACAAGUUAUUAUUUCUGUAUUAUGACGAGUCUGGGUGUGAACCAAUGUUUGUUAUGUGGUUCGGCAGUGUUAUGUGAUGACAUUGAACGUUUUUGA